AUGGCGGGUUCUGGUCACAUGUGGCCAAACAGUCAAGAUGACUAUGAGUUGUUGGAGGUUAUAGGCGUCGGCGCCACCGCCGUGGUGCACGCGGCCUUCUGCCGGCCUCGCGGAGAAAAGUGCGCCAUAAAACGAAUUAAUCUAGAGAAAUGGAACACUUCUAUGGAUGAACUCCUUAAAGAAAUCCAGGCCAUGUCCAGCUGCAACCAUGAAAACGUGGUCACCUACUACACGAGCUUCGUAGUCAAAGAAGAACUAUGGCUCGUUCUGAGGCUCCUCGAGGGCGGCAGCUUACUGGACAUCAUCAAACACAAGAUGAGGAUCUCUAACUGCAAGCACGGCGUUUUCGACGAGGCGACCAUCGCCACCGUCCUGAAGGAGGUGCUCAAGGGCCUCGAAUAUUUCCACCAGAAUGGACAAAUUCAUAGAGAUAUCAAAGCCGGCAACAUUCUUCUCGGCGACGACGGCAUUGUUCAGAUCGCAGAUUUCGGUGUCUCAGCGUGGCUCGCGACCGGACGAGAUUUGUCGCGGCAAAAAGUGCGGCACACAUUCGUCGGCACGCCCUGCUGGAUGGCGCCCGAGGUCAUGGAGCAGAACCACGGCUACGACUUCAAAGCCGAUAUCUGGUCGUUCGGUAUAACGGCCAUAGAGAUGGCGACGGGCACCGCGCCCUACCACAAGUAUCCGCCGAUGAAGGUCCUCAUGCUGACGCUACAGAACGACCCGCCCACGCUCGACACCGGCGCCGAGGAUAAGGAUCAAUAUAAAGCGUACGGCAAGACGUUCAGAAAGAUGAUAUCAGAGUGCCUCCAGAAGGACCCCACGAAGAGGCCCUCUGCGACGGAAUUGCUGAAGCAUUCGUUCUUCAAGAAGGCGAAGGACCGCAAGUACCUCAUGCAGACACUGGUGUCGAUCGGGCCCAGUAUGGAGACGCGCUCGCACAAGGCGAGCAAGCGGCAGCCGGGCACUUCAGGUCGCCUUCACCGCAUGGAGACCGGCGAGUGGGUGUGGGAGAGCGAUGAGGAAGACGAGGACGACGAGGGCGAGGCGGGGCGCGACCGGCCCAUGAACACGCUGCUGCGCGCCGACUCCUCCGACAGCGACAGCGAGGCCGAGCCACGCGCCGGCUUCACCAUCGGCGCGCCCGACGCCGAGGACGCGCCUCAGAUGGACUUGGUGCUGCGCAUGCGCAACGCUCGCAACGAGCUCAACGACAUCCGCUUCGAGUUCGCGCCCGGCAAGGACUCUGCCGACGGCAUCGCCACUGAGUUAGUGGGCGCCGGACUGGUGGGCGCGGCGGACGCGCCCGCCAUCGCGGCGCAGCUGCAGCGCCUGGUGGACGCGCACCUGUUCCCGGGCGGCGCGCCGCCGCCGCGCUCGCUCACGUUCCCGCUGCCGCGCGCGCCGCCCGCGCCCGGCGCCGCGCUCGAGCCCGCCGACGAGAAGGGGCUCGUGGGCUUCGCGCAGAUAUCCAUCGUCGAC